AUGAAGCCAGAAUUUAUGUACUGGCCCGUUCACAGGACGCCAUAUGAACACAAAACUGUAUGGAAGUUUCUGAAAACAGUUCCAGAUUUAACCUCUCAGCUAAAUGAUGAGCAUCUGAAAACACUCAGUAAGACCGUCUUUUCUGAAACCUGGUUGAAAGGCAGCACAGUGGUUGCAAAUGAUGGAUUUUAUGUAAUACUGAAAGGCCUAGCUCGAACUCAAACAAAAGUCUCCUACAAUCUGAUGGAAGGAAGUGACUCACAAGUCUCGUUCAUACCUCAGAGUUCCCCCAGCUUUAUUUUGGGUGAAAAAUUCAAAAAGUCUACACUUGCUGAGAUGUACCUACCUUCAUAUGACUCAAUGCUUAGUAAAUCGAGUACCUUUGGAACUCUGGAAGUUAUACCUGAGAUUGAAUCAGAAACACAGGCGUUCUCGGUGGUGACAGAAGACGAUUGUGAAAUUCUUAAAAUCCCAGCGAAGGGAUAUGCAAAGAUAAAGGAGGAAAAAAUAAAACUUGAAAAUAUGCAAAAGUUGCAAUUAAUCCGUAUGUGUCCUUAUUAUGAGGAAUGGCCUACUUUAUCCAUAUUUGAACUAACUGCACUCCUCAAAUGGAAAAAAUUUCCUCCAGGAAAUGUGAUAGUGGAAAGUGGAAAUAUAAUUUCUUUUGUGGGUUAUAUUAACUCUGGAUGCUGUAACAUUUACAGAAGUAUUAUAGGAUUUGUGAAACUACAGUCAAAUAAAGUGAAAAAAGCUAGAAGACUUGUUUAUAUGGGUAAACUUAAGGAGAAGGAAUCCUUUGGUGAGAUUAGCGUCCUUCUUCAAGUUCCUUUCACAUGCACAAUAAUUACCAAAAAAGAGGUUGAGAUGGCAAUCAUUGAAGAUAAGGACCUAUUUGUGCUCUAGAACUAGAAAAAGCCUCAGUGAACAUCAAUUAAGAAAGUAUUGACUAAGUAAUGGAAUGAUUGCAUUCUUGACUACUACCAAACUACCAGCAAUGAGUUUGGUCUAUUGCGACUACUUAUCCUUAUUUCCCCAGGGAAGUUCCAGUUUAAAAUUGCCUUCCAAACACAACUUUCAAUAGCAGUCUUUCUUGGUUUGGAUAACAAAAUAUAGUUAUCAUUGUUAGAUUUA